AUGCACGCUUAUAUAGACUUAUCGAAUAUAGCACGUACAGAUUCUGUAAUACAAUCAUUGUCAUGGAUGCAUUAUUUGCCUACUCAACAAUCAUCAUUAAAUGUUUCUAAUGAUGAAAAUAAUGCUAAUAAUGGCGAAAAUAAUAAUCAAUCAAACCCAUCACCAAUAGUAGCAAUUCAGCCAUUAAUAAACCUAUAUGACGGAUGGUUAGCAACAGGUAAUACAAAUCAUAUUGUCAGUGUAACAUACACAUCAAUACGCCCGGAUGAAAAGUUAUCUAUGCCUGAUCGUACGAAUUUUAAUUUACGUGCACAUCGUACUGAAGUUCGUCUCGUUUCAUGGAAUGUACCAUAUCAAAAAUUAGCUACGGUCGAUGAAAAAGGUGUCAUUUUUGUUUGGGUUAAGCAUGACAAUCGAUGGUCGUUAGAAUUAAUUAAUGAUCGUAGUCAUUCUGUUAUUGACAUGGCAUGGUCACAUGAUGGACGUAUGACUGUGAUAUGUUAUGAAGAUGGUUUUGUUCUUGUUGGUUCGGUUACAGGACAACGUUAUUGGUCAACAGUUGUUAAUACAGCACAAGCGAAAAUUUCUGCUGUUACGUGGAUGCCUGAUGCCUCACAUGUUAUUCUCGGUACAACAGCAGGAAAUUUGAUUUUAAUGGAUCAUCAUGGAAAUACAACUGAUGGUUUUUCAUUAUCAACACAAUCAAUAACACAAUUACUUUAUUCAUGCAAUAGAUUCUAUCCUGGAGCACCUGAUAAUAAUGCAUCGAAAUUUGUAAAUGAUGACUAUGUACUUGCUUGUAGUCUUGAAAAUGGUCAAGUACUUUUUUUGAAUAACUAUCAAGAUCAAUCACCGAUAUCUGUUGAUACUGAACUUCAAAAUAUUAAAAUGGAUUGGUCAUCACCUGGUGAAAUACUUGCUGUAGGAGGCCAUACAAUUUUACAUGAUUCGAGUUAUAUUAAUCAAAUUUUAUUUUAUACUCGCCGUGGAGAAUUUCUCUAUCGUAUUCAAAUUCCACAAACGACACAACCAUUAUCUGCUUUAUGUUGGGCUCAUGGGAAUGAACGAGUACUUGCUGCAUGUGGUUCUCAUGUCUAUACAAUUUGGAUAACACAUAAACCUCUCCCAUCUAUGUUAACAUUAUGUCAGAUGAAAAUUAAAGAAUAUAUGUUAAAUAGUUCUUUACAACAUAUUGAUAAAUUAUGUUUACCAAAUAAUCUAAAAGAAAACCUUCAAAGUUUCUAUCGUUCAACUAUCAAAGGUUUUUUGCCCGAUCAAAAAACUUUACGUUCAUUUGUAUGUAAUCCAUUAAAAUCUCAUCUUAGAUUACAAUGCACUAUGAAACGUAUUGAUAAUGAAACAGAAAAUUCAUCAGCAAUACCAACAACUAAUCUAUCUGGAGCUACUUAUGUUUUAUAUUUAGAAUAUCUCGGUGGUCUUAUACCGUUAUUGACAGCAAAACGUACAUCAAAAAUUUGUCCAGAUUUUAUUAUAUUUGAUCCACAAAUGAAAACGAAUCAGUCGACUUCAUCAUCAAGAACUCCUUCGAGAAAAAGACAUUUUUCUUCAUUUAAAUCACGUUCGGAUACAUUUCAUAACAUGUCAUCAAUACGAAAACAAACAAAAUUAUCGAAUAAUAGUCGUUCAAGUUUAAUUACAAAUAGAAAUUCAAUAUAUGUAGCUGAUAAUGCUGUUAAUAAUAAUAAUGGUGAUGAUUUAGUAACAAAUAGAAGUAGUUCAGGUUGUAGUUCUGAUAAUGAUUCGGAUGUCGAACAAGAAUUGAAACACGAUGAUGGAUCUCGAAAAAAUUCACAAGAAAAAUCUUCGAAAAAGAAAGCAACUAUGACAAAAGUUGUUAAACAUAAACACAAUAACAGAUUAUGUACAAUAGCUGCAAAUAUUUGGGGCACCCGUUUUAAAUUCUAUGGUCAUUCGAAUUAUUUACCAGAGGUUUUAGGAAGUGUUACUUACAAAACAUCAUUUUUACAUUUGCAACCACGACAAAUGACAGUUACCGUAGCUAAUAGUUAUAAUAAUCGAAAGCCAAUACAAUCGCCUGCAGGAACGAAAAAUCAAAAAUUAAUUAGUCCAACUGUUCGUAAAAUAAAACAGCAAAAGCGUAAUAAAAUUGAUGAAGAAGAUGAUGAUGAAACACUUACAGUUCUUUCAUCAUCAAAAUUGAAUAUAGCUGCAAAUAUUCCAAUUGCUCCGAUGUCUCCUCAGUUGCAAAAUGUUCAUUCAUGUUUACUUCGAUCACAAAAUCAACCUUCAUUGUCUAUAUACGAAUCUAAAUGUUCAACUCAGGUAAAAAACUUCACAAACAUAUCAUCCUAUCGUUCUCCACGUACGUCAAUGACUGCCAAUACUAUAACAAAUCAUCAUUCUCGUCAUCAACAAACAAAUGCUGAUUCCUCAACAGCAAAUUCAUCGUCAACGUCUCCAAUCAAUUUAAGUCGUUCAAUAUCUCCAGCAGCUUCAAUAGCAAAUUUCAUUCGUCCAAUAUCACCACCAUGUAUUCAAGUCAAAGAACCACUAUCACCAAAAUUUACUCGAACAUGUUCAAGAACGUCAACACAUGAUUCAACUCACUGUCGCCAUCGUUCGCCACCAAUAACACUUCCGUCGAUUGUAAAUAAUAUAAAUGCAUCAACAGCUAGUGCAACCACAACAUUACUGAUUGAUGAUUCAUCCGGUUAUGAUAGCAGCGAAAAUCAAAAUAAUCAAAUAGCUAGCGAAACUACUGCUGCUGCUACUACUAUUCCAGUUGCUUCAAUUAUUUCAACUGUACCAGAAAGUUGUUUUGAACCAGAAACAUAUAGAAAUUUAUAUUCACUUAAUAGUAAUCAACAGAAACAAUUGAGUUUAAGUGAUCCAGCAAUAAAUCAAACAACAAAACAUACAUAUCAUUGUCAAACACGAACAACGACAGAUAAUUCAUAUUUAUCUGCAUCGUCGUUACAAAGAAAACUGUCCAAUGAAGAUAAUGAUAUUCAAACAGAUAAUGAAAAUGAAAAGUUAAUUUCUCAUGAAGAUAAUUCACGCAAUCAAAAUUCAACAGCAAAAAUAAAUACUUUUCGUAAACGAUAUUCAAGUUCUCGGCAUCGAAUGAUGACCUGUACAAGUGGCAUGAACGAUUCAUUGACAAAAUUAUCACCUUCAUCAGAAUUAGAUCAAAUAAUAAAUCGAGCAGAUAAUCAAAAUGAAAAUUCGUUUUAUGUCAUGCAAAAUCGUCCACCUUUGUGGAAUGAACAAUCGCAAGUGUAUCAGUUGGAUUUUGGUGGCCGAGUUACACUUGAAUCAGCAAAAAAUUUUCAAAUUGAAUUCAAAGGAAAACAGGUUAUUCAAUUCGGUCGUAUUGAAAAUAAUUGUUAUACACUCGAUUUUGAAUGGCCAUUUUCACCUUUACAAGCAUUUGCUGUUGCUCUUGCUAAUAUAACUCAACGACUUAAAUAA